AUGAAUAGAAUAAAAUCUCGUAACAUAAUUGAUUCGUUGUUGGCUCCAGAUGGUACAUGGUGCAAUGAUAGAGAUUCUCUCUCAGCUCUCCUCAAGAAUCACUUUCAAAAUAUUAUAACAUCUUCGUCUCCAACAGACAACAACAGUUUUCUUCAAUAUAUUCCUCAAUGCAUUACAACUGAGGAUAACCAACAGUUAGAAGCUAUUCCUACUGAGGAUGAAAUUCAUUCUGCAGUGAUGGACAAUGGAGCCAUGGACUUCACCAGGAAAAUAUGGGUUCCUCCUGGGUUUUAUCAAACGCAAUGGCAGAUUAUGAAAGAUGACGUUUUCAAACUGGUUAAAUCAUUCUUCCACUCACGGUAUCUUCUUAAGCAGUUAAAUAACACAAGAGUUUCUCUUAUCCCAAAGGAAAUUGUACAAGCAAUGAAGAGAAAAGAAGGUGUUAGUGGCCAUCUUGCUCAUAAGAUGGACAUGUCAAAAGCCUUUGACAGUCUGGAGUGGAGUUUCUUGUUAGACAUUCUCAAGCAUUUUGGAUUCUCGGAGAAGUUCAGACAGCUCAUCUCUUAG